CUACGAGUGUGGAAGGUAAGCUGACCGCAUGAGUACUACUGCGGAAGGAAAGUCGGCCAAUAAUGCUAUAAAAAAGCAUCCAAGCCUAAGAGCCUUAUCAUCUGUUCGCUCUUCUCUUAUCUCUCUCAAACUUUUAGGCUCCUAAUUUUCCUCCCAAGAUGCAGAUCUUCGUGAAGACUCUCACCGGCAAGACGAUCACCCUCGAGGUGGAGAGUUCGGAUACUAUUGACAACGUAAAGGCCAAGAUCCAGGACAAGGAGGGCAUCCCUCCAGAUCAGCAAAGGCUGAUCUUUGCCGGCAAACAGCUUGAAGAUGGCCGCACCCUUGCUGAUUACAACAUCCAGAAGGAGUCCACCCUUCAUCUAGUUCUCCGUCUGAGGGGAGGGAUGCAGAUCUUCGUAAAGACUCUCACUGGCAAGACGAUCACCCUAGAGGUUGAGAGCUCUGACACCAUUGACAACGUUAAGGCCAAGAUCCAGGACAAAGAGGGUAUCCCCCCGGACCAGCAGAGGCUGAUCUUUGCCGGCAAGCAGCUUGAAGAUGGCCGCACCCUUGCUGAUUACAACAUCCAGAAGGAGUCCACCCUCCAUCUGGUUCUCCGUCUGAGGGGAGGGAUGCAGAUCUUCGUGAAGACUCUAACCGGCAAGACCAUCACCUUAGAGGUUGAGAGCUCUGACACCAUUGACAACGUUAAGGCCAAGAUCCAGGACAAGGAGGGAAUCCCCCCGGACCAACAGAGGCUGAUAUUUGCCGGCAAGCAGCUUGAGGAUGGCCGCACCCUGGCGGACUACAACAUUCAAAAGGAGUCUACUCUUCACUUAGUCCUCCGUCUGAGGGGAGGGAUGCAGAUCUUCGUGAAGACGCUCACUGGAAAGACCAUCACCCUAGAGGUUGAAAGCUCCGACACCAUCGACAACGUCAAGGCCAAGAUCCAGGAUAAGGAGGGCAUCCCUCCAGACCAACAGAGGCUUAUCUUUGCGGGCAAGCAACUUGAGGACGGACGCACCUUGGCCGACUACAACAUCCAGAAAGAGUCCACCCUUCACCUUGUUCUCCGUCUUCGUGGUGGUAUGCAAAUAUUUGUGAAGACCCUCACUGGAAAAACUAUCACCCUGGAGGUGGAGAGCUCGGACACAAUUGACAACGUAAAGGCAAAGAUCCAGGACAAGGAGGGGAUUCCACCGGACCAGCAAAGGCUUAUCUUUGCCGGUAAACAGCUUGAGGACGGCCGCACUCUUGCGGACUAUAACAUUCAGAAAGAGUCCACGCUCCACCUCGUCCUCCGCCUCCGUGGUGGCCUGUGAGUGUUCUCUUCGUCUUUAUAAGCAGUUUGGUCAUGAUGGCUGAGAGUUGGGAGGUCUUGAUGUCUAAGAAUUGGGAGUCUAAUCGUUUGGUUGUCUGUGUUGCUUGAAUUUCUCGUAUUAAAUUUACCUGUGCUGUCUACUGUUGUGAUGAUAAACGCUCUAUGCACUAUCUUUGUUAUUAUGUAUGGUUAAGUUUAUUGUACUCGCUAUGUUCUGUGUUGGUAAUGCUAGUAUCUGUUUCAACGUUUCUUUUACAAGAAAUUGCA